UUUUUUUAAGGAGAAAACAUUUUUAUUUCAAUCAGUUCUUUCAAAAAAAAAAAAAAAAGAAUUAAAAUUAUUUGGAACAAAAUUUUUUGUGAAGAAAUGUCCAGUAAUGGUGAAAUAAUCCACGUACAUGUAGGCCAAGCGGGAGUGCAGAUUGCGAAUGCCUGUUGGGAGCUUUAUUGUCUUGAGCAUGGUAUCGAUCAAUAUGGUUGUUUAUAUGACCAUUCAAUGAAUGAUUCAUUUCAAACAUUUUUUGCAUAUUCAAGUACUUUAAAAUUAGUGCCACGUUUGGUGAUGGUCGACUCGGAACCAACUGUCAUUGAUGAAGUUAGAACUGGUACCUAUGGGACACUGUUUAAGCCUCAAACACUUAUAAGCGGCAAAGAAGACAGUGGAAGCAACUUUGCACGUGGGUACAAUACUCUUGGAACAGAGCUAAUAGAUUUAACUAUGGAUUCCCUACGAGCUGUCGCUGAAGGCUGUUCAAAUUUGAAAGGGUUCCUAGUUUUUCGAUCGAUUGGGGGCGGAACCGGUUCAGGUUUAGGAAAUAGGAUUAUGGAGGAAAUCUCGAAUGAUUACGGAAAGAUGUCAAAAAUGGAUUUUGUUAUAUUUCCAUCACCAUCAAUAACUCCACUUAUUGUUGAACCAUAUAACAGUUUGUUGGCAACUCACACUGGUAUGGAUUCUAGUGACUGUACUUUUAUUUUGGACAACGAAGCCCUUUAUGAUAUUUGCGAAACGAAAUUGGGAGUUUAUUCUCCUACAUAUACGAAUCUGAAUAGAAUAAUAGCACAGGUAAUUUCUACGUUAACAGCUUCUCAGCGCUUCUUUGGUAGUUUGAAUGUUUCCUUUACUGAAUUCCAAACAAAUCUUGUACCAUUUCCGCGGAUCCAUUUCCCAUUGGUAAGCUACUCACCCCUAGUAGCAAUGGGAAAUGCCUGUUACACUGAACUAAGCACAGAACACAUGACAUUUGAGUGCUUUCAGCCUUCGAGUCAACUAAUCCGAUGUAAUCCCGUUAAAGGAAAAUAUAUGUCCUGUGUACUCCUCUAUCGAGGAAAUGUGGCAUCAUCUGAUAUUAAUAACAGUAUCAGAGUAAUGAAGGCCAGAGGAUCCCUUAAUUUUGUUGACUGGUCACCGACGGGAUUUAAGGUCGGGAUAAACUCAAUGCCCCCAUGCGCUGUAUACGGUGGAGACAUUGGACCUACUGAUCGAGCAAUGAUGGCUUUGACGAAUAAUACCGCCAUUCAGAUGGCUUGGUGCAGAAUGUUAAGCAAAUAUAUGCAUUUAUUCAAUCGAAAGGCAUUUCUUCAUCAUUUUAUCAGCGAAGGAAUGGAAGAAUGCACAUUUCUGGAAGCCUCUGAGGAUAUUUGUUCAUUAAUUAGCGACUAUAAGGAAGUUGAAGAACUUUCGGGCGAGAGCGUUAGUGGAUCGUGUAGAUACGCCAAUACAAAAUCUGAUGAAGGCCCUUCCUGGCAACAGAGAUUUAAAAUUUUUGGCAAAGAUGCACAAUUAAAUAAUAUGCAAAACAACUGCGAAGAAAACCACGCAAAAUAUUCACGAAAAGAAUUGGCAGAAGGUUUUUUAACACAGAUAAUUACAUAUAAAAAUGCAUGUAAGACAAAUUUUUAUGAGAAUCAAUUACGUCCCAUAAACACAAUUGCCGUAUCUGAAAAAGCUGGAUGAAUUAAUUUGAAUUGUAAUUUAAGCAGUGACGGUUUUUCUAACUCAGUCUUUUCCCAAGCAAGUAAUAAUGAAGGAAAAUUAUCUUAUUUAGAAACGAAGAAGCUAAGCCAGUUACAAAUUCAAGAUGGUGUCUGUUCCGUUCUUCAAGGGUUAUUGGAGUCACUAAAAAAUGAAAAAUUGGAUCGUAGCAGCUGUAAAACAAACGAAAAAUCUACAGAUUUAGGAAUUUUAUCAGAACGAAAUUGUCAGAGUGACUCAGUUGCUUGUGAAUAUAAAUUCAACCCAGUGAAGUCCCAUGUAAGCGGCAUUUUGAAGUCGGCGUCAUAAUGCUUUGCAAACUAACCAGGUGCCAGAGUUGCUUAAUUAUAGUUUUAAUAAAUUAUAUUGAGCCAAGUCCAUAGCAGCAGAAGUAUCCCCAAAACUUUAUAAUCUGUAAAAAAUAUCUUGCCGCUCAAAACAUAUGAAUAAGCCACGAUGAAGAAGGCGCAAUUACAACAAAAUCCUAACCUUGGUCAUGUCUUUAGUCAUAGUGAUAAUUUUGAAUUAAUAAAAGGAGUAAAUACAUAUCUGGAUCACAAAACAAAA